GCCGCGAUAUAAAAAAGGCGCGGACAGAGUUACGAGAUUUAGUUUGUAUCGCGACCAGGACCAGUUGAAACCUCGCAUCCGAAGAGUGUAUUUAAUUAUGAAGAACGCAGCGCUGGCUGUGAUUUGUUUCUUCUGCGCCAUUUCUCUCACAUUCGCUUGGAAAAAGCCUGCACCUUUGACCGACCGGGUGGUUGGCGGCGGUGACGACUAUUACGGAAAAUUCCAAGGGAUAAACCGUGAUGACCCUUUCCAAACCGACGGCAAGUGGGUGUGCAACCCAAAAUACGACCUGGUAGACCGCGGGGACGACAUUUGCUGCUAUAAAUACAACUCUUACGAGGGCAGGUGCUGCACAAAGGCCGACGCUCGUAACUGUUUCCAUGUGGGCCACAUCUCGCACCACAUCCAUUGAAUCUGUUUUAAUUUAUUUGCCUUAAUAUUUAUAUAAGUUUAUACAUUAUGUUAAUCAUCUGUGUGGAAUUUAUAGUCAAAGCUGGUUGAAAUUUCAAAUAAAAAAAUGUGUAUUAAAUUAUAUUGAAAACAGUUUUUUAGCAUAAUUGUACAGUAAUACGUGAAAAAAUUGAGCAUAAUACGUUUUAAUAAUUCAGUAUAGUAUACAUUGUAUUUUUUUUUUCAAAUUUAAAUCGAGAGUUAUCAAAUUUGUAUUAAAAAAAAUAAGCGAUUUAAACACACGUGAGUGAAAAAUGUUUGAUAUCAUUAUAACAUGUGAAUCGUCAGAAUGGUAGGCAAAGCUUUUAUGGCUUAAAAUUUUACUCACAUUAUUAUUUAAAACUUUGAAACAAACAAAAAUUGGUAUUCUCAAAAAAAAAAAACGUAUUGAACACUAAUUUGCUCCAACAUGUUUAAACAAAACUAUAUCAAAUUGAGCUGAAAUUGAGCUUCUAAUCGAGAAAUCGUUGUUUUUGUGCUUCUCUUCAUGCGCGGAAGGAAAAGGCGUCUUGACCAAAUCAUAUUGGCGGGUGUUGUAGCAAUGGAUCUGUCGGCGCGCAACGUCCGGUAGGACUCCAGCCUGUGCCCGCUCAGAGUCAAGUCUUUUUACAAAAUAAAAAUGCAAAUCAGUCAAUGUUGUAUUUGAACAGUGAUUGAUUUUUUUUUUCAAAUGCUCAA